CAGCUUGUUCUGAUUCUCCUCUGGAUCCCCUUUGCUCCCUCCAUCCUCCACUCCGUGUCCUGCUCAGCCUUAAACCCGCCAUGGGGCUUUCGGGUCUCGGAUCAGCUGUUUUGGCUUCCAUCGUCCUGCUCUCUCUGGUCGCUCUUUGUUCUGGAGGUUCGGACGCGCCGCGGGGUGUUGCGGUCGGGUUCGUCUUCGACCUGAAAGCGACGUGCGAGCCGCCGUGCAGACAUGCAGGAGUCUGCAUCAGGAACAACACUUGCUUCUGCUCCAAGGGAUAUGAAGGGGAGACCUGUCAGUAUGCCAACUGCUUUCCCAAAUGUAAAAAUGGUGGCGAGUGUCUUCGUCCAGGAAAAUGCCGAUGUCCUCCAGGAUUUGGUGGAAGAUUCUGUCACAAAGUGACGUGUGAUGGAGGAUGUUGGAAUGGAGGAGAAUGCACCGCUGUCAACGGAGUGGCCAAGUGCAUCUGCCCUUCCAGCUGGACCGGGUCUAAAUGUCAACAUGCAAUUUGCCCCCAAGGCUGCAGGAACGGGGGGAUCUGCGUGGCUCCAGGAAUCUGCAGCUGCCUUGAUGGAUGGCUCGGGGGAGCGUGCCACACUGCCGUGUGCCGCCAGCCCUGCCUGAACGGAGGGAAGUGCAUCUCUCCAGACAAAUGUCGCUGCCGGCCGCCUUUCUCCGGUCCUCGCUGCGAGGAAAAGAAACAAUCCCACUAAUCGGAUUUAGUGGCUUAAAUUUGAUUCUUUUCGAUUGAAAUAACACUUUUUUUUUGCAAUAAACUUUUGAUUAUUUGAUUUUUAUGAAAAAAUGAGACAUUAAACUUAUAAUUUGUUUUUAAAUAAUAAAAACUCCUGUUUUUUUUUUUGCUAAUUGUUUAGAAAAUAAAACAUUGAUGAAUUUCAAA